AUCCGAUUUAGUGGAGUUCGUUUUCCCCAAUCGAAGAGUAUGAGGUGUUGUUGUUCGGUAGCUGCGGUCCGCACUCACCAUCUCUUCACGUUCUCCCUUUCCAUCUCCUCCACUCGACGCCUCCUCUCCAAAUCCCCCGCCGCCGCUGCCGCCUCUUACUCCUCGAAUGCAAUCCUAACCCUAGCCGUCGAUCCCCACCGACCCUUAUCUUUCCUGUACGGUCCGUCCCUUCGCGGCGGCCGCGUCCCGGAACCACAGUCGUCGCCGCCGGAUUCCGAGGCGGACGAUGACGGCGGCGGAGGCAGCUCUUUCGACAGGGCGAGCUUCUCCCGCGUCUAUGAUGUCGCCGCCCUUAGGGUCCCCGCGGAGGAGUGCUCCGCCCUCGAGCGCCGCCUCCGCGGCCACCUCCUCAACUGGCCCCGUGUCCGCAACGUCGCUAGGGUUCCUGGCGAUGACGUGGACCCCGAGAUCAGGAGGAUGCUUCGAGAUGCCGAAGGGGACGGCGGGUCUCGGCUUAAUUCGCUGGCAGCGAGGGCGGACGGGAGACCGGACGACGAGAAGAUGGCACUGAGUCCGGUGCUGUACAGGGAGAAGCUCGUGAAGGAGUUCAAUUUCCGUGGGUUCUUGAAGUUCAGGAAUCUGGCGAAGAUGUCGCGGCCAAAGAAGAAGAAAUUGAAGAGUAAGGAUGGGGUUGAUGGAGUGACGAAGAGUAUUGGAAAGAAUGAUUUUGCUGUUAUUGAAGUGAUUGAAGGAGAUGAAGAGGAGGGAGAGGAUUUGAGUGGUUUGCUUGGAGAUGACUUCAAAGGAUUGAGGUGGAGAGGUCCUACUAGGUUGCUGCUCUUGGAUCAGCGACAUGCCAAGAAACCUGUGGCUGAGCUCCCGGAAGCCGUCAAGGCUGCCUUAAAUUAUGAUCCACACCAGAGCAAGCCUUUAGCAUUUGAGCUUGUGCAAUGCCAGCUGACCUUAUCUUAUGACUAUUGGCAGAUGAGUGAGCUUCUUGAAGCCUUGCUACCUGACGGUAUGACUAUUCCCACUGGAUUUGAAACGGUUGGGCAUAUUGCACACUUGAAUUUACGAGACGAGCACCAAUCUUACAAGAAGCUUAUUGCACAGGUCGUCUUGGAUAAGAACAAGCCAAAGAUACAGACAGUAGUGAACAAAACUGAUGCUAUACAAAAUGAUUACAGAACCAUGCAGCUUGAAGUAUUGGCUGGCAAUCAUUCUCUUGUAACGACUGUUGUGGAGAAUGGUAUUCGUUUCCAAGUUGAUCUAGGAACAGUUUAUUGGAACUCUAAGUUGGCAACUGAGAGGCAACGACUUAUCGAUAGUUUUGCAAGCUCUGAUAUAGUCUGUGAUGUAUUCUCUGGUGUUGGCCCAAUAGCUAUUUCUGCAGCAAAGAAAGUAAAGUAUGUAUUUGCCAAUGAUCUAAACCCCAAUGCUGUGGAGUAUCUUGAAAGAAACAUUGUCCUCAAUAGGCUUGAGAGAAAAGUGGAGGUUUUCAACAUGGAUGGCAGGAGGUUCAUCAUUGCAUUGUUUGCCAAUCAACAUCCUUAUUCUAUUACGCAAGUGGUUAUGAAUUUGCCAAAUGAUGCCGUGGAAUUCUUAGAUGCAUUUAGAGGAAUAGUCAGGAAGAAACCAAGGCCGGGUUGCUCUCCGCCGAAGAUUCAUGUAUAUGGAUUUUCGAAGGCGCAGAAUCCCGAGUAUGAUUUUCACGAGAGGAUUAACAUGGCACUGUGUGAGGAAGUCGUUGACCUAGAAAUGCACAAGGUCCGCCUCGUUGCACCUGGAAAAUGGAUGCUCUGUGCAUCAUUUGUCUUACCGCAGGUUGCUGCUUCGGAGGCACAAACUGUUAGCACUAAUAGAUAGUCCAUCCAUUUUGUAGCUUGCAUGUUGCAUUUGCAGGAUCUCAGUGCCUAAAGAUGCCGGAUCUAUUGGCAGAUGUAUAUAGAUCGAGUCGAUCUUUGAGUUGCGGCCAAGUCUUCAGGCCUAUGGCUCUCACCUAAUGUAUGUAGACUUAUGGUUCACACCUAAUUGAGAAGGCACAAGACUUCCUAAGACAGAAGUCCCAAGAAAACAAUUUGAUCGCAGAAUAGUGGAGGAUAAAUCAUCACAUAACAGUCUUUUUAUUUUUAUUUUCAUGAUUGUAAUCAUCCUUAAUUCCAUGGUCAAUUAAAUGCAAAAUUUUAGUUCCUGACAGCAAA